GAGACGUUUUCAAAUUUUGACUCAUGGAUUGUUAAUUUGUUAUAUUCGAUAAUGCUACUUCUUCUUCUUUUGUGGACUGAUAAAAAAGCCAACUGUUACGAGCCAAACCUGUCAAGAUCCUGCACAAAAAUUUUCUUCCUCUCAAACCUUGAGAACAGUUAGCAACGCACUAUUGGGGCGGAUUUUUUUUAAAGAGUGAAGUUAAAAAUCUCUCUCCUACAGGAGAUCUGCAAUUGGUGGCUGAUCUACAAAGCUAUAGUCUCUUGCUUUCAAGCCAAAUAUGGAUCAAGGCUCGAGCCAAAGAAAAACAGAACGAGGAGUAUUCACAGAAACUGGAGAAAAAUCUGGAGGAUUUGGAGAUGGAAGUGGAAACUCUCAAUUCAAUGAUAAAUGAGUUGUUGAGAAGGGUGUCAAAAGAAAAGGACAGAGGUGUACAAACGGUACCCGAAGUGGAAGAAUGGAUUUCAAGGGCGGAAGAGACCGAAUCGAAGGCCAGUGGUCUCCUCGAUGAAAGUAUUUCAGGAUGUCACGAUUUAUCUACCUAUGAUGAUUGUUCGAGGAUAUCUGAAUCGACCCGUCGUUAUAGCGAGAUGGUGUCUACGACGUUGAACGAAGCUAAAGAUGUGAGAUCCAAGGGAGUAUUUAAAGUAAUAGUUGAGAGAACAACUCCCUUGUCUUACGUCAAAAACAUGCUCCCGCUUCACCCAAUUGUUUCUCGAAAAAUGUUGCUCGAAAAGGCGUGGGAAUGCCUUAUGGGGAAUGGAUGUGGGAGUUUGGGUUUUUAUGGUGUAGCUGGAGUCGGGAAAACCACCCUUCUUACUCAGCUUAAAAAUAAGUUGACAGAAGAUGGAGAUGCAUCUAGUCUUGUGAUCUUUGUUCCUGUGGGGCCUGAAGAAGAGGUCGAGGAGGGUAUUCAACAUGAAAUCUGGAAAAGAUUAGGCUUGUCCAUGGGACAAAUUGAUAAAGAGGAGAAAGCAUCAGAAAUAUUUGAGAUCUUAAGUGUGAAGAGAUUUGUGUUGUUGUUGGAUGGCAUACAUAGGAAAGUGGAUCUUAAAGAAAUUGGAGUUCCAUUUCCGAGCAGCAAUAACGGAUGCAAAAUUGUGUUCACCACUCGUUCUCGGGAAACAUGUAGAGGCAUGAGGACUGAUACCGAAGUCGAAGUUGAAUGUUUGAGUCCAGAAGAAGCAUGGGAUUUUUUUCAGGUGAUUGUUGGAGAAGCUACGUUGAAAAGUCAUCCGGACAUACCCCAGCUGGCAAGAAUAGUUUGUGGGAAAUGCGGUGGUUUGCCUGUUGCUCUCUGUCUCAUCGGCGAGACCAUGUCACGCAAAACGACUGUACGAGAAUGGCAUCAUGCAAUUAGUGUUUUGGUUUCAUCUACCACAGAAGAUGAGCUUCUUCCCAAUUUGAAGUUUACGUACGAUAACCUGCAUGGUGAGAGUAUCAGGUCGUGCUUCUUGUAUUGUGCUAUGUUUCCGAGAAGUUGUGAUAUAAGUAAAAAGGAGCUGGUAGACUGUUGGAUAGCCGAGGGAAUGAUUGAAGAAGAAGAAGACAGAGAGAUAGCUGAGAUCAAGGGGUAUGAAAUGAUUGCUGAUUUGGUUAUGAUGAGAUUGUUGAUUGAUGAUGAAUCUGGAUAUGGUGUAACAAUGAAUGGCAUUGUUCGUGAAAUGGCCUUGUGGAUAGCCUCUGAGUGCGGGAGGCAGAAAGAAAAAUUUGUGGUCGUAGGAGGUAUGGGAAUUCAUCAGAUGCCAGAGGUGAAUGAUUUGAGUAAAGUUAGAAGGAUGUCAGUAACAUCUACUCAGGUUAAUACCAUAUCUAACUCUCCUAACUGUCUUCAUCUUACGACCUUCUUCCUCCAAGAAAACAGCUUAACAUGGAUCUCGCAUGAUUUCUUUCGGUGGAUGACCAGCCUUGUGGUUUUGAACCUAUCGCGCAACAGAGAACUUGAUGAGUUGCCGGAACAAGUUUCAAGUCUGGUGUCGCUGAGGCUUCUCAACUUAUCAAGGACAAAGAUAAGUCGGUUACCGCUCGGUCUGAAAAGGCUUAAAAGGUUGAUACACUUGGAUUUGGAGUACACAUCUCUUCUCCGAGAGGUUGAAGUGAUUGGUUAUUUACUGAAUCUACAAGUGCUACGUUUAUUACGGUCUGUUCCUAUGGAUCUCAGCUUAAUGGAGGAUAUACAGCUUCUGAAGAGUCUGAAAGAGUUGAGUCUAACCGUGAGAGGAGUUGAUGUUUUGAAGCGGUUACAAACUAUCGACCAGUUAGCAAGUUGUAUCCGACAUUUACAUCUCACAGGGAUUACAAUAAAAGAUGGAGGAACACUACUGCUGAACUCUAUGUUGAGCCUUCGCGAACUUGAUAUUCGGAUGUGUGAUACCCCGGAGACCAUACAUUUUGGCAACAUUCAGAAGAUUCCAAAUUUACUGAACAUACGCAGAGUGGCUCUUUCUUGGUGCACAGGUCUCAGGGACUUGACAUGGUUGCUAUUAGCCCCGAAUCUUAGCGAACUAAGGGUACAUGAAUGUCAGCAAAUAGAACAUAUAAUAAACAAAGAGAAAGCCACGGGUGGUAUGAGCGAGCAGCCCUUCCGAAAUCUAACUAGGCUAGGCCUAGAUAGUUUACCUCGACUGGAGAGCAUCUACUGGACUCCUCUACCCUUCCCAGUUCUGAAAUAUCUUUACAUAAGAGGUUGUCCAAAGCUGAGAAGACUUCCAUUUAGCACUAAAGGGCAUCAAGUGCGAUCGGAUAUUUACCAAGAAUGGAUCAAAGGAGUUGAAUGGGAGGAUCAAGCUACGAAGCAACAUCUCUCCAAUUAUGAUGACAGGGAUUUUCCGAAGAUUCCCGAAGAGCAGAAGAUGGAUGGUUUGGCAUCUGAGUCACAUCCAAUCGAAGAGAUAGUCCUGGUAGAGACUUUAGGAAGCGGAAAAGGUACCACUACAAACAGCAUCACCGAAGAGGUUCAGUCGGGAACACACGCUACUGUAGAACACACCCAAACAUACAGAUAUUUAACGCCAGAUUGCAUGAUCAGCAAUAGGAUUGACAAUCGUGGUGUUGGACGAAAGGCAGUGCAGCCGAGCGGGGUGAUAGUGACGCCAAGUCUAAAGAAGUUUUCAUUAGUGGAUCUUAAGACGGCGACAAAAAAUUUCCGGCCGGAAUCAAUGAUCGAAGAAGGUGGAUUUGGACAAGUAUUCAAAGGAUGGUUGGAAGAGAAGACGUUAGCUCCGUCCAGGGCCGGCGUUGGAAUACCAGUAGCCGUUAAGAAAUCAAGCCCUGAUAGUACUCAAGGUUUGCAUGAAUGGCAGUGUGAAGUGAGAUUUUUAGGGAAAUUUCAUCACCCAAAUCUGGUCAAGCUCUUGGGUUAUUGCUGGGAAGAAAAUCAGUUCCUCUUGGUGUACGAGUAUUUGCCUAAAGGAAGCCUUGAAAAUCACCUCUUCUCAAAAGGAGAGGCGUUAACAUGGGAUACACGUUUGAAAAUUGCCAUUGAAGCAGCUCAAGGACUUACUUUUUUACAUAACUCCGAAAAUAGUGUUAUUUACAGAGACUUCAAGGCGUCAAACAUUCUUCUUGAUUCCAACUUCCACGCCAAGCUUUCUAACUUCGGUCUAGCGACAAAUGCUCCGAUUAAUGGAUCCUCCUACGUGACCACACGUGUCAUGGGCACACAUGGUUACGCAGCUCCCGAAUACAUGGCUACAGGUCAUUUAUACGUGCGGAGUGAUGUUUACGGAUUUGGAGUGGUCCUCCUAGAGCUAUUAACUGGUCUAAGAGUAUUAGACCGAACCCGACCUUCUGCGCAACAGAACCUUGUCGAAUGGGCUAAACCGGUUCUGACCCAGAAAAAGAAAAUCCAGAAAAUGAUGGACCCACGGCUCGAGCACAAGUAUCCAAUUAUGGCGGUGACUAGAACCGCUGCACUAAUUCUACGGUGUCUCGAGGCUGACCCCAAGAACAGACCGCCCAUGGACGAUGUACUUAGAGAACUGGAAAUCGUGAGGACUAUCAGAGACGAACUAAAAGAAGAGAGGCGUAAACGUAGCGUUGGUGGGAACUUGAUAAACCUUUUCCAAAGCUGUCGGUUUUAGAACUUGAUAAACCUUUUUCAAAGAAAAUUGCUUUAGAUGACAAACAAGUGAUAUUUUCCUUGUGGAUGUUGAGUAUAAAUAGAUUCCAAGUGUUUAAGGUA